AAGUUGUAUUUACGCAAUGAGUUUUCUUCUUUUUCAUAACAGUAGUGUUUGUACAUAAAUACAUAGGUAUUUGUAUUUGGUAAGAUUCGUGCGAGAUAAACAUAAAAACGAUAAGAAAAUUCGCCUCGGAAAGAGAGCGCAAUAUCGUCGUCCAAAAGUUCCAGAGCGCGGGGCUUUUGUGUUCGAGCGGCUCGAGUCUCUCGUGCACUCAACGCUCAAGAGGAGGCCAGAAAGAUAAUUAAGAAAGAAAAAGCAGCGUUUCCCAAUAUACGUCAUCUUUUAUUUUUAUUGUCUUUCUACUUUUACGUCACGGGCGCACGCGCGUGCUUGGUCAGCUGGCUGCUGGCGAUUGCGAUUUGUCAAAGCCCGAAGGAGAGGCGCCGAGCCGUCGACUGGUCUCUGGCUGAUGCAGUAGCACUUAGCGGUAGUCGUGGUCGCGAGCUUCUGCGAGCAGUAGUCACACCAGUCAGUCGCGUAAUACUUAUCGUGUCGAGUAUACACUACUUGGGUGGAGCAGCAGCUGAGUAGAAGACGAGCCCGUCGAGGACGUUAUUUUCACCCCGAGAGUUUGAUCUUACGUUGCCACAAUUCGCCAAUUCCUCCGCAUCAUCCCAUCUAUUUUUUACGGAUUCAAAAUGCCUAAUGAAAUAACAAUCGACGAUCUGCGGAUUUUAAGGUCCAAACAUGUACACAUGAAGGACGAGGCGACGGUCCUUCAGAAGAUUAAUAAAAUUGUACGCGAAGGCGCGAACAGAUUGCAGAUUGUCAGCGACUUCGACCUGACGUUGACUAAACAACACGAGAAUGGAGCUCCGAUGUUGAGUAGUUUUGGUAUAUUUAGAAAGUGCAAACAGCUGCCUGAAUCGUACAAAGAAGCAUCAAAAGUAUUAUAUCAAAAGUAUAGAGCAAUAGAAAUAGAUCCAAAUAUUCCAAUAGAAGGAAAAAUUGCAGCAAUGGAUGAAUGGAAUCAAGCUGGGCAUAAAAGUCUUCAAGGACAUGAAUUUGACCGCAAGGAAAUAGAAGAAGUAGUUAACAAGUAUGGCCACUCACUUCGAGACAGGACAAAAGAAUUAUUCACUAGAUUGCAAGCACUCAAUGUUCCUAUACUUGUGUUCAGUGCUGGAUUAGGUGAUGUUGUGGAAGCUAUGUUAAGGCACCAAGGUGUUUUAUAUGACAAUGUUAAUGUAAUUUCGAACUUUUUAAAAUUCAAUGGAAACGUUCUGGAUGGUUUUAAAAAUUCUAACAGAAUGAUCCAUGUGUUUAACAAGAAUGAACAUGCAGUAGAAAAUGAAUACUUUAAAAUCUUGCAAGGUCGUACUAAUGUUAUCUUGAUGGGCGAUACCCUGGGAGAUGCUGCAAUGGCAGAUGGUGUUAAAAAUACUGAAACAAUUCUCAGAAUCGGAUUUCUUUAUGAUCAUGCUGAGGAAAGUUUGCCAUCAUUUAAAGAUGCCUUUGACAUAGUUCUAGUAGAUGACCAAACUAUGAAUGUUGUUUUGGAUAUUCUGAACUCAGUUUUGUAACGCACUUCAAUAAUUUAAACUACAAGAUCUUCAAUCUUCCAAAGUUCAUUUUUGGAGUAUCUGUACAUUCAGUCGUUUUUGUAUACUUUUCUGUGAUUCCUUAGUGAAAGAAUCGGAUUUUAGUUUAAUGAAAGCGAGAAAGCGUUGAGUACAAACGUCGUAUAGCUAAGCAUCACAUUGAAAAAUUAUUUGUCCAAGUAAUCUUCGAGUUCUUCGCGUGCGAAGUUUUUAUCGAGAUUGUUCUUUAUUUUCGAAGAAAAAAAAAUAUUUGUAACGAUAUAUUUCUUUGGACGCACACUAAUCGUGUCUCAAGCGCUGGUCGUAACGUUAAGUGAUGUUAUUGUUAUUGCAAUAACGUUUUAUAACGCAAGUAGUAUUGCGAUGAAGAGAAUCCGCGUUCUAAUUUAUCUGUAGACACUUGCAGCUGCUGUUAGAUCUAUGUAUACAUGUAUGCAUGUAAGAUUGUGUUUAUAAAGUUUCCUUGUUAUCUGGGUGCUUUAAUCUGUGACUCUGACGAGUAAAAGUCGUAACCGUCGUAAAUAUGAUCUGCUGUUGUAUGCCAAAAUGAUGAUAUAAUAAAAUACGAGACAAUUUAUAAUCUAGAUACAAAAAUUGGUGCGUGAAAUGUGAACAGCAAAUGUAAAAAAGAUUUAGACGUUCUAAUCAAAUUUUCAAAAUCAAUAAGAAAAGAACACACAUAUUCACGCAGACGCAUUACAGUACUUAGAACUUUAUAGCAUUUUUAUAUUUGUAAACAUUAACUUGUUGCUUUUGCACACAUCAAUUACUACAAUGAAAAUUUUUGAAAGACCUGA